AUGACUGAAACGUCUGGCAAUUUGUCUGCCUCUCGUGACUUUGGAACUUCCUCCCAGGAUUCUCUUCUGUCUGCCAUUCCCGAAGAUGAAAACGAUUCCGAAACUGCAGAAGUCCUUCAUCUUGAAGACUCUCAGCAGGCUAUUGAUAUUCAUGAUCUAAAAAACUCACAGGAAUCUUCUGACAUUGUUGAAGUGAAAGGCUCAGAAGCUAUUGAAAUUCUUGAUCUUACAGAGUCGCAGGAAGAUAUUGACAUUCUUGAUGUAAAAGAUUCACAGCGAUCUGUUGAUAUUCUUGAAGUGAAAGGCUCAUCUGUUGAAAUUCUUGAUCUCCAAGAUUCCCAGGAAUCUGUUGACAUUCUUGAUGGGGAAGACUCACACGAAACUGUUGCUGAGGUCCAAAUACUUGACGAGGAACUUGCACAAUUUUCUUGGCAAAAUAAGUAUGAGAACGACUCAGCAGUUCAAGAGAACUUUAAUUACCAAACAAUCCCUGAGGAAACACUCGACAGCAAAAGGACUCAGUCGGCAGCCAUUGAGAGUUGCACAAAUUCCCUUCAGUUAUCCAGAGAUUGUACCCAUGAAGAGGAAGCCGUCGAUAGUGUCGGGCAGCUGAACCUCGAAGAAACGACUGAAACCAAAGAAUCCAGCACAACAGACACAAAUCCCGAGACUUCAUCCACGACAAUUGCAGAAGAGUCUGCAGAAGCUAUCGAAUCCUUGAAAGGAACAAGGAGGAUUCACAGAGAUUCGCCAGAAGAACUCUUGCUCAUCACCAAAAGAGGAAACUUCUUCCAAGACUCAUUCUUCCUCGACGCUCACCGAGACUUCAGUGCCGCUCUCAGGCAGGUGUUGGGCAGGUGCAAUCAAGUCAACUUUGAGGACGACACUGACCUCCGUCACACCGAUAUCCUGGAACGCUACAGGCAGCUUCGGUCUCGCGAUCUGAGGGAAGAGAAUCAGGCCGCUAUCGUCACAUCAGACAAGUCUUGUAUGAAGAUAAUUAUGGACGUUCAUGAUUUCAUGAGUGGAGAUGUACAAGCGAAAGUCGUUGAUGAGAAGGAGCUGGUCAUCGAGGGACUUUUGGUGAAGAAGGAAGAAGGAACCUCAUCCGAAACCUCUCACUCCUUCAGACGCCGCUUCUCUCUUCCACAGUUUACUAAAAUCACUUCUGUCAUGUCAUUAGAUGGCAUCCUCACAGUCACUGUGAUGUUUAAGGAAGGAAAUGUCGAGGCAAAUACUGCUGAAAACUCCAUUAAAACUGAAGCAAAACGCAUCACAAAAGAAAUCAUUCACUCGAAAUCACCUUCACUUCCUGCUGAAAAACGUCUGCUUGAGACCAAGAAUGAGAACCAAAAUGGACUGAACGAGUAUAUGACGUCUCAGUCCGAGGAAACUCGUCAUUUCUCUCGAGAUUUCACGUCGGGAACAGAGACGCCUUAUCUUGAUUGCAGUUUCGAGGACAGCAAUAGACUGAGACGCUGUGGACAAGAAAGUGGCAGGGAGUCUCAAGAAACUAAUAAGUAUAACGUCACCGAAGACGCAAUUAUGGGAACGUCCUCUCGUUUGGCGAGUGGUUCUCUAUCUAACUUCACAGAGAAAUCUUUUCCUAUCACAAGGAAAGGACACUUCUUUUCCCAUUACUUCUUCCGAGACACAAGGGAGGAUUUCCAGAAAGCAGUAAGGGAAAUCCUGAGCAGAUGGGGAGAGAAGUCCUGCGGUGACGAGAUGACUUCCUACAGGAAACUACGAGCACGAAAUAUGAGGGAAGACACUCAGGCUGUGACGUCCUCGGAAGAUGAACGCCAUUAUAAGUUUGUCAUUGAUGUUCACGACUUUAUGGACGUUGGAGAGAUCAGCGUGAAGGCUGUGAACGAGCGAGAGUUGGUGGUCGAAGGUCACUUGGAGAAGAAGGAAGACGGUUCCAAGUCCAGCAAGCGGUUCCUUCGGCGCUUCGUUGUUCCUGGAGACAUUGAGCUUGAGGCUGUCAUUUCAGUCAUGUCUUCUGACGGUGUGCUUAAAAUUUUGGCUCCAAAGAAGGAGGGCCAUAAUCGAAAACAUUUUUCGAUUGAUGUAGAAGACAUGGACGAUGUCGAGGCAACGGUUUUCAAGGAAAUUUAGAAAUGGACAUCGUCUCGCCGAGGAAUAUCUGAAGAAGAGAGAUUCAUCUUCUGAUGACGAGGAAUUAAGAGCUUUUGCCAAACAAUCCAAUAACCAUUACCGAGUCACUUUCCAAGACGAUGACGAAGAGUUUGAAGGUGGACACGUGUUCAACAAAGAGACAAAGAUGACAAAUGACAGCAGUAAGGAUUUCAAGUAUAACAUUCCAAGCCUUUCUAUGGAAACCAGGGUUUUGCACAUAGAGAGGAGAGGUGCGUUUGCUGAAGACUAUUGCUUCGCAAAUGUCCGUAACAGCUUCAGCCAGGCGGUGAGAGAAGUGCUGGAAAAGGCCAGUGAAUGGACCUGUCGAAGCGACGCCAUGCACAAC